AGUGAAGGUGCGCGGCGCGCAGGUGCACGGAGGCCUCUGAUCCCGUCCCACUGCGCCUGCGCAUCACAACACGCUGACAGACAAACAGAGGAGCUAUUGUUAGUCGAGGAGCCGCAGCAGGUUGUGAGGAGCUUUAUCCCACACGCCACUUUCUACACCCUCCUCUCACGAGCCGGGGCUCCGCCGGAAAACAGCGGCUCUCACGCCGACAGAGGACGGAAAGGAGAGGAGGACCGACACCGAGGAGGAGGAGGAGGAGGAGGAAGAGGACAGGAGGAGUCUCGGAGCUCAACAGGUCAAUGUGAGAGCAGCGUCCCGGACUUUUCUAACUACCGAGAAGAGGGAAGACAGACGCCACAGAGAUGCCGCUGGGACCGUGGAGGAAGAAGAACAAGGCCAAGGAGCACUUGGUGGAGCACGAGGAGGUCGGCGGCGGGCACGCGGGCGCCGGGAGUCUGGGCAAGUCGUCGGUGAACGGCGCGGGGCUGCCGCCUCCACCUGCCAACCUGCGGCCCAAACUGGUCUUCCACACGCAGCUCGCGCACGGAAGCCCCACGGGGAGGAUUGAGGGAUUUACCAACAUCAAGGAGCUGUACGCCAAGAUCGCAGACGCCUUCAACAUAAGCCCACCUCAGAUCAUGUUCUGCACUCUCAACACCCACAAGAUCGACAUGGAGAAGCUGCUGGGGGGCCAAAUUGGUCUAGAAGAUUUUAUCUUUGCCCACGUUAAAGGAAUCAAAAAGGAGGUUGAGGUGUUCAAAUCUGAGGAGGCUCUGGGGCUCACCAUCACCGACAACGGAGCCGGAUAUGCAUUCAUAAAGCGAAUCAAAGAGGGCAGCGUGGCAGACGGCGUGAAGCUCAUAUGUGUGGGCGACCACAUCGAGUGCAUCAACGGACAGGACGUCCUCGGGAUUCGGCAUUACGAUGUGGCCCGCAUGCUGAAAGACCUCCCUAAAGACAAGAUGUUCACCCUCAAACUGGUGGAGCCGUUGAAAGCUUUCGACAUGCUAGAGCCGCGCUCAAAGGGGGCUAAACCGGCCAACGACAACAAGAUCGGGAACGGAAAAGGGACUCUGAGGCUUCGCUCUAAAGGCCCCGCCACGGUGGAGGACGAGCCGACAGAGUUCGAGGAGAAAGCGAUAAAGAAGGUGGAUGAUCUUCUGGAGAGCUACAUGGGCAUCAGAGACACUGAACUCGCUGCCACCAUGGUGGAAGUGGGCCGGUUCAAAAAGAACCCAGAUGAAUUCGCCAUGGCGCUCGACGAGACCCUGGGAGACUUUGCCUUUCCGGACGAGUUUGUCUUCGACGUCUGGGGAGCGAUUGGAGACGCCAAGCAGGGAAGGAUUUAGGGCGGGCUGCUGCUCUCCAAAUCCUGCUUUGAGCUCCUUCCCCUGUCACCUUAAAGGCUCCGCCCACAUCAGCGGCUGCAUGUCGUCGAGACCUCCUGAUGGAACUCCAGGUUCAACCUCCACCUCAGUCUUGAUCAUUGGAAGCGCAUACAUGUCCUUCAAAUGGUCAAUUCACGGCGGGGGGGGGGUCCAGCCUUUGAAUUUGAAACCUCAAACGCCAACCAUUUAAAGGAUAGAUGAGGUUUUCUCUCUAUCAUUUUAUCUUUGAUGUAGCUUUGCUCAUGGAGCCCGUCCGUCUUUCAUGAAAACACCUCUAAGAUGUGGAAAGUAGUUCAUCACCUGAGACCUUCACCUGGUCUGCUGAGCGGAGGUCAUCAGGGGCGCCACUCUGACAUGAACUGUACAAACACAACCUUAAAUUCAGACUUCCCGUCUCGUAUUCUAGCUGUGUAAUUUUGAAUAUACAAAGAGGUUUUUAUAGUUUUUUAUAUGUGAAGGAGCUGCUGAUUUUCCAGCACUUUGUGUAAUUAGAAUGAUCGUAGCAAUAUUUCUCCUUCCAGUUAACUUUUAUUUGUCUUUAUUUUUAAAGCUUGUCGUCUCUGAGGAACAGUUUAGCUUUUGAUUCAUGGUUCAUCCAGACUAAGCAAUAAAGUUUGAUCAUCUUCAGCAGCACUCACUUCCUGUUCCUCGUCCUGGCGUUUCACGGAGUCCUGACGUCUUUUCUUGUAAUUUAUUUUGUAAACUCUGAUGCUGUAACACUUGUAGAACACGAAGGACACGAAGGAAGGCUGUUGGGUCCACCGGGUUUGAACUUGAUCAAAACUGUCUUCUAUAAUUAGAUCAGCGUCAUCUGUCCUGAUGCUGAUUUGAGAUCUGCUGAUGCAGCAGUUUGUGAGACGAACUGUUGAUACCGAGACAAUAAAAUGUACCAUACUGU